UUACUAUCGAAAGUGCAAUGUGCCGAAAGCUCGAGAUUCGGAUCCAGAGGGAUUCAAGAGCAUCAGAAGUACCUACAAGUGGGCAUCGGUUUUCAUGGAAAGGAUCGAACUCAUUUUUGGACGAGAUUGGGUGAAAAAACGAUUGAACAAAUGGAGGUGGACAAUGUCCACAGCAUUCACUGGAGUGGGGUGCGCUGAAAUCGCUGCCCUGUCCUUGCAAGCAGCUGCACGAAGAUUUGCUCCUGAGAGUGGUGCGUCUGUCCACAUCACUUCAGCAUGCGAGAUUGACAAAUCUUGCCAGAAGGUCUUGUUGGACACCUUUGAUAGUGACCAGUGCAUCUUCCCAGACAUCACAAAGAUUGACAUGAACAAGGGCAAGUCCUACUGUGUGAGACAUCAGUGCAUGUGUGAGCUUCAGCCUGAACCACACGAAGACUGUAUGCAGGUCAGUGUGGGUGGGCCAGUGUGCGUCCACUACUCGCCUAUGGGAAACCGCGAGAAGGAGGGGGGAGCUCAGCAUGUCACCCACAAGAGCUAUUACAGAGAAAUCAAGAAGAGCAAGACAAAGAUCUGUGUGGUUGAAAACGUUCCCGAAUAUACAGAAGAAGUGGUUCAGAAAGAAUUAGGAGGUGAAUGGAUGAUCGAGUCAGCACGGGUGGAUCCACGGAUCUUCGGACUACCUUGUUGCCGAACCCGUGUUUUUAUGAUUUGCUACAAGUGGCGGGAAGUUCGCUGGGUGGCCCCAUUCACUUUGAGCAGCUUUUUGGGUUGUCUCCGUCAACGCGUUGUCAUGACUGCAGCGAACUACUUCUACAAGAGUUUGCCCAAGUCCAUCUUGUCAGCAAGUGCUGCAGCGAACCUGAAGUGCUACAACGAGGAAAAGAGCUUUGGCUUCCCUGAUCUCAACCAGCUUUGCAAAAAUGGGCGGGCUAGAGGGGAGACUAAAGACAAAUGUCUGCAAACGCUUACAACCAACAGCGGCCGUAUUUACAGCCAGGGACAUGGCCGCUACAUCGAGCCAGAAGAGGCGCUUUCCAGCCAUGUCCUGCCGAUGACGGACAAGCACGCCAAGAUUUGCAAGGCACCGAAGGUGCAAAUGGGUGAAGUCAGUAGAACAGCCAAAACAAGGAUGGCAGGUAAUGCCAUGAACGUACCAUGCAUCGGUGCAGUUUUAUUAGCUGCAGUUCUGGGGCUUGAUGAUAUCGCUCCCUGACUCUCAAUGUUUGGCCUUUGAUAUAAUUCAUUUUGCUGACUGAUGUUGUCAAUGCAACUGACUUUAAAAAUCAGAAUCUUGAAUCGCUUAAUGCUAGCUUGUCAAGCAGCAAAAAUUCGGACAUGCAAUUGAUGUGGACGCCAAACAUUCCAUGCCAAAAAA